CUAACACCUCAAAAAGACCGGGAACACGUGCAUUUAGUUUGUUUUUGUUUGUUUCUUGCCGCGAAUUGGUUUUUUAUUAACAAUGAGCAACAGCCAAAAGCUGGAAUACGACUCCAGCCUGGGCGGCCGGGUGACAUUGCCCUCGCACAUCACCACCUACCACUAUGCGGCGGGGGCUUUGCAGGAGAUCCGCAGCCUGAUCGCCGACGCCGAACAGACAACGCAGCGCAGCAGCAAGCUGAUCUUCCAGACGCUGCCCAAGCACAUGCGCCGCCGGGCAAUGUCGCAUCACCCAAAGCGUUUGCCGCGCAAAUACCGCCAGGCGCACAAAUCCCAGAUGUCCAAGGGCGGCAACCAGCCGGUGAACGGCAAGCGUCCCUCGCGUAAGUAUCGCCGUCGUCCCAAGAAUCUGAUGCGUGAAUACAUACGCCGCCAGCGGCAACAUAUCUGGCUGGAGACACACAUCUGGCACGCCAAGCGCUUUCACAUGGUCAAUCGCUGGGGACACCGAUUGCCGCUGGCCAGCUGCGACAAGACCUACCGGGCCUGCUAUCGUGCCAGUGCCCAGCACUGUCUACUGCAGGAUAUCUCCUUUUACGGCUGUGUAGAGCUGCGUGGAAGUUUGGAGGCACUGCGUCAAGGAUUCGCCAGGCUAACGAGUCCCGAAUGCGGCCUGGGCAUAGCGGCCAAGACUUUUGUGAGCGGACGGCGAGAGGGGAAUGUAGAGCUCUUUGCGGAUGGCCAGUAUCCGCAGGGAGCUCUUCAGCGUGUUAGCUUUAUGUGGCGUCCUCUGAAGAAGGAGGAGGAGCAACAGCAGCCAGAGGAACUGGCGGAACGCACUCUGUGGCUGUGGCUGCAUCCCAGUGCCGCUCAAGCUACCAUUGAGCAGUUAGUGCAAGUCUUCCAGCUGAAGUCAAAGAAGCAACAGAAGCUGCCAUUGGAGGAGGAGAAGGAGAUGGAGGAGGAGGAUAAGGAGAAGGAGACGGAGGAGAAGGAGUUGCCAGGCGGGAUUAAGGAGAAGCCUUUAGAGAAACCCCUACGCUUCUGGACACAAACCAAGGCCUUUGAGGUGGAGCCCACUUACUCCAAUCUUGAUGAAACUCUUCACUUGGUGCUAAUGCAGCGUGCCUUCAGCCGAUUCCGUUUGACAGGACCUCGGGCGCAAGGUGUCCUGGCUGCUAGCCUUCGCCCAAAACAGACUGAAAACCAGGACGAAGCCAAGGCCGACUACUGCCAGGCGGCUCUACAGCUAAGUUCACCCAGCGAGCUGCUUUCCAACCUAGUGAUGGGCUACCAAGUGGUAGAUCCACGCCUCCAAAGACCAAAGAAACGCACCAAGGCGGAGAUCGUGUCCCAGCCAAGCUCCUCUCCCGGAAAUCUGCUUUUAAAUCAACCAAAAACCCUACCCGAAAGUCCCCUUUGGUCCAAGGAAACCCGCCAGCAACUGGCCAAAGGCAUCAUGACCACACAGGCUUAUGAACAGCUGCGUCAGCAGCAUGCCGUGGUGCCGGGUUCCCCCUGUGCCUUUGAGCAGGAAAUGCAAGCUGUACCCUUGAUACUAAUCCAACGACCAGGAUCUCAGGAUUCCAGCUACAAGAGGCUGGCCUAUGGAUGCGGCUGGGAUGUGAUUGUGCCGGCUGGCUAUGGUAUGAACCUUUGGCUCACCCUAACCAUGUGGGGUGCCAGGCCAGGUGGCUUAAGGGAGCUGGAUACAGUGGCCAGGGAGGCGGGUGCUGAAAUCCAUCUGCCCGAUACGGUGGCCGGAGUCCAAGAGUCGGCUGCCACGGCUGAGGAGCUGCGUAAUCGCUACUUUCGGCUGCCGCCCAACAAGCGAACGAAUUAUAGGAAACUGGCAAUAGCCAGUCCUUUUAGUGCACCCUGGAAACAUCUAGUGAGAGACUGGAGUUCAUCAUCUACCACCUCCUUCUAUGUUCUCCGCCAUCGUCAACAAUUGGAGAUGAUUGAUGAAUGCCUAAAGAGACGCCGGCCAUGUCUACCGGCAUCCCUGCCCGAGGAGGCCCUCAUCCAAAUCCAUUUGCGACUGGUGGCUCGUGGUAAUGUCAAGGACAAUGCUUUGAUUUGCCUGCCUACAGCGGCGGAUCACAAACAGCGUUGGCAUCAGUUCAAGCGGAAUGAGGCGGCACCUGUGCAUGUGGAGCCCGCCUUACCAGAUCUCAAUGAACGGGAACGCAAGGAGCUGCGCCAAAGUCACAAGAUUCAACUGAAACGUUUGCGAGCGCGUAGAGUCCGGGAAAAGCGUCGCCUCCAGGAAACGGCCAACCGGCGGGUACACAUCCGGGCGGCCAACACAGCUCAGCUGGUGCGUUCGCAACUGGAGACCAUGUGCCGCCUGUGGCUGCCCACCGAUCCUGCGGAGUUAAGGGACAGCGUACGCCGUCAGUGCAGCCGUGAAGUCUUUGGUUAUGUGCGUUCUGCCGGUUUUAGCUUUACGGAGGCCUCGGUUUGUGCCGUGGGCUAUGUCACCGCCGCCGGAUUGCAGCAGCUACUCAGUGAACUGCCACAUGGCAGAGGAGGCAAGUCGCCGCUGAUGUGCCUGGUGCGUGACCCGGAUAGCCGCGACUACAGAUGGGCCAGCUUCCAGCUGAAUCUGAACGUGGCCAGUCCAGCCUUUUGAUGGGGAUUGGCGAAUACUUUUUGAGCUUCGAAGGUGUAGAUGGCAAACAUGGCCACGUUGCAGAUGAGUAGGAAGGUGACAAUCUGGCGGCCGGGCUUGCUGCGAUCAUGCUCC